AUGUUGUGGCAGCAGGUUGUGGCAGCAAGUUGUGGCAGCAUGUUGUGGCAGCAGGUUGUGGCGGCAGGUUGUGGCAGCAUGUUGUUGCAGCAGGUUGUGGCAGCAUGUUGUGGCAGUAUGUUGUGGCAGCAUGUUGUGGCAGCAUGUUGUGGCAGCAGGUUGUGGCAGCAGGUUGUGGCGGCAGGUUGUGGCAGCAUGUUGUGGCAGCAGGUUGUGGCAGCAUGUUGUGGCGGCAGGUUGUGGCGGCAGGUUGUGGCAGCAUGCUGUGGCAGCAUGUUGUGGCAGCAGGUUGUGGCAGCAGGUUGUGGCAGCAUGUUGUGGCAGCAUGUUGUGGCAGCAUGUUGUGGCAGCAGGUUGUGGCAGUAUGUUGUGGCAGCAGGUUGUGGCAAUUUGAUAGCAAAUAAGGUACUUGAUGAGACCCAAACAUUUACAAACGAAUGUGCUGUAGAAAUAUCAGCUUUUAAGUGA